CUCAGCGAUAUCCUACACUUCAAAAAUCAAAAUCACUUUUAUUUCCAUAAGAAGAUCUACAACCGAUGACGUAGGUGCUCAGUCAAAGUCAAUAUGAUGACCUUCACCUUAACAAAACUUAUAGGGCUCAUUCCUAUCGCGUUGAUGCGUCUACUGGUCCUGACGACGCUGAAGGAGGUCGGGAGGCAUGACUACGAUGCUUCGAAAGUCCUGAUGCAGCAUUACGAUUUCGUGAUUGUCGGCGCAGGCUCGGCAGGUAGCGUGAUGGCCGCCCGUCUCUCGGAAGUGGCAGGAUGGAGGGUCCUGUUACUCGAAGCAGGAGGGACGCCGCCCCCGGAGAGCCACGUCCCGGCCUUCAACGGCGCUCUGUACCGAGGGGAGGCAGACUGGAAUUUCAUCACGACGCCGCAGCGAUACUCCUCGGGCAGUUUUAUCGAUAAUGCCACGCUCUACCCCCGAGGACGCACCCUGGGGGGAUCCUCAACUAUCAACUCCAUGAUAUACGUCCGAGGAAACAGGCGGGACUUCGACCACUGGGCGGAGCUAGGGAAUCCUGGCUGGGACUUUAACACGGUGCUCAAGUACUUCAAGAAGUCGGAGGAUUUCCGGGGCUUCAAGAGGGCCGAUACAGACUAUUACCGUGGUUCCGGUGGACCUCAGACCGUGGAGCGAAAGCGCUGGAGUACACCUGUUCUCAAGAGUUUCCUGAAGGCUGGAAAACAACUUGGGUACGAUAUAAUUGAUCCCAACGCCGCUGAGCAAAUAGGUUUCUCCGAGAUCGACCUGACAGCGAGGAAUGGCCAGCGUUGGUCUACGGCCGAGGCUUAUGUCAAGCCCGCGGCCAAGACGAGACCGAAUCUACACGUCCUUGUAGAUGCGCGUGUGACACAGGUUCUUUUCGACAGCAACAGGAAAGCUAUUGGAGUAAAAUUUUUACAUCAUGGAAAGGUAAAAACAGCUCUUGCAUCUCGAGAGGUGAUCAUGUCAGCAGGUGCAAUUGGGUCACCUCAAUUGCUUAUGCUUUCGGGAGUCGGUCCAGCCCAUCACCUGAAGGAGCAUGGCAUACCCGUGGUUGUAGAUCUCCACGGCGUUGGGCAGAACCUCCAAGAUCACCCUACUGUACCAGGACUCUCUUGGACUGUCACCAAAGGUUCUUCGCUCAACUACUUGUCCCUCGCCAAUCCCAAGCAUGUUUUGGAUUACGUCAAGAAUAGACAAGGACCCCUAACCUCGCCCGUGGGUACAGAGGGAAACGCAUGGCCACCUUCCCCCAUUGGAGAUCCAUACUGGCCCGAGAUACAACUGGCCUUUGUCUCAGGAACCCCGGCGUCAGAUUUCGGCCUCAUUGUCCCAGGAACCUUUCGAUUCAAGAAGAAGCUGUUCAUGAAUUUCUACAAACCGAUCCUUGGUAAAGAAGGUUUCUCACUCGUGCCCCUCAUUGCCCGCCCGAAGAGCAGGGGGUCAGUUACUCUUCGGUCCCGCGACCCUCUGGACGAUCCGCUCAUUGAUACCAACUUCCUCGCUCAUCCUGACGAUGCUGCUGUUCUUGUUAGAGGAGUAAAAUUCGCGCUGAAAGUGGGAUCGGCGCCAGCACUGAAGCAAGAACAGGGGGCCAAAUUCCACGAUAAGGUGUUGCCAGAAUGCGCGUACAACAAACCCUUCUCUGACGCGUAUUGGGAAUGUUUUGUCCGGUAUUUCACCCACACUUCGUACCACCCCGCUGGAACGUGUAAAAUGGGGCCCGAAUUUGACCCUUAUAGCGUAGUGGAUCACAGACUUCGACUACGGGGCGUGACCGGACUUCGUGUUGUGGAUGCCUCUAUCAUGCCCCUGGUGGUGUCGGGAAACACUAACGCAGCGACCAUCAUGAUUGGCGAGCGAGCUGCCGAUCUCGUGAAGGAAGAUUGGGGCGUCCCUGUCUAUGGAUAAAGACAAGGGCUUAAGAACGAGGAUGUAAGACUGGAUGGAUACGUUAGCAUGAUGUGUCUAAGAGGUCAAGGAUUAACAUCAUGGUUAUACUAUGAUAUAGGCAUUAUUGUUAAUAUUAUUAAUAUUAUUAUUAUUAUUAUUUUUUUUUUUUUAAUUACUUUAUGAAAAUGUUUUUCAAGUUAGAUGUUAGAAUAUAAACAGGAGUUUGGAAAGUAUAGAAAAGAUGUUACAACUAGUACUUUCAUUACGGAAGGUAAAUGGGAAAAUUUGCAAAAGUAAUUACAGUGCAUAAUUAGCAUCUUGUUCAAAGAUUUGCAGAUUGAUGUGAAUAUAGUGAGCAGAAAAUUCAACACAAAUAACUUGGUUAUGUAUAUGUGUGUGUGUGAGUGUGUGUGUGUGUGUGAGUUUGUGUGUGUGUGUGUGUGUGUGUGUGUGUGUGUGUGUGUGUGUGUGUGUGUGUGUGUGUGUCUGUGUGUGUGUGACUGCCAAUACAAGUAAUAAAUAAAGAGAGAUGGAGUGCUUACCUUAUUUCUCGGGCAGUAACAAGUUAUGUCAAAGGAAGUUUUUAGGUUGUGUUUAUGAGUUAUACUGUUAUUUCAUUUUCAUGUUUACCACCGGGCAGUAAAUGUCCAUUGUCAGAAUUAAUUACAUGGUUCCAGGAUUAUUCUUGUGGAUGUAGAUGUGUUAUGUAAUUUAUAUUCUACUGUGGGGAUGGUAGAAAGAGAUAGUAGAUAUGUAUUGAUGUAACAACUAGGCGGAAUUUAAAUAACCAAUCUGUUAUGUUUACGUUCUUCUGUGUAACCAGAAAGUAUUUUGCAUGGAGAACACGUGUACAUGCAUGCGUGUGUGUGUGGAGACAGAUAGAUGUAGAUGCAUGCGUGGAUAUAGAUAUACACGUGUGUGAGUGUAGAUAUGUAUAGAUAGGUGUAUAUAAUUCGAUUGAAAUAAUUUGUUCGUAGAUGUGUGCGGGCGCACGCUGACUAUUGUUGAAAGUAAUUUUUGUCAAACCAGAACUUGACUGAAUUUUUACAUUGGAUGUAUUUUUUCUUUCUAAUAAAGUAAACCAUGAAAUGA